AUGGCUGAUAUUAUAGCUGAUCAUGGGCAUAAUGUUACUCUCUUCCAACCAUUCCAUAUUGCAAUGAAAAACAUCGAAGGGCUUGUCAAAAACGAAAACAUUGAGGUCGGUUCAAAGAACAACCUGAAAUUGACCAACAAACAUUUCAGAUCAUCAACUACUAUCCGGACCAAUACGAGGAAGACAGAAACUUUUCCAAUGUUCUGGGAUUCUCAUUUAAUGAAUAAUCCGAUUCUUCAAGCGUUCAUGAUGCCUAGGUAUCUAGUUUCACAACUUCAGAGGACUGCAGUUCUGUUGGAUGAGCUGAAAAGCAGAAACUUCGAUGUGAUAAUAUCUGAAAGUAUUGAACUUACUGGAUUUCACCUCGCUCACCUUUUAGACCUUCCAUGUAUCCCGACCAUGUCUGCUGUCCGUUUUUCAAUUUUCAAUAAACUGUUCGGUCAGCCAUCAGCCAUGGGAUACGUACCUCAUAUUGGAUCUAAUAUGGCUCCAGAAGCCGGACUUUUUGAUCGGCUCAAUGACAUUUUCCGGAACGUCCUCAUGCUGAACUGGAUGGGACGGAUGGCAGAUCUCCAACAGACAUUCAUCGAAAACGGAAUCGGAAGGCCAGUUCCACACUGGAAAGAUUUGAUCAAGCAAUCACCAAUUUACAUAACUAAUUCCAAUCCUUAUCUGGAUUUUGCUGUCCCUACAACUGCCACAAUUGUUCAUGUAGGAGGUAUAACUAUGGAUUUGAAACAGAUGAAGCAUGCGGGGAAGUUGCCAAAAGAAUACGUUCCGAUUCUCAAUGAGCGAGAAUCCACAGUUCUUAUCUCUUUCGGAUCAGUGAUCAGAUCUUUCCAAAUGCCGGAUAACUUCAAAGCAGGACUUAUCAAAAUGUUUGAGUCACUUCCAGAUGUCAGCUUCAUAUGGAAGUAUGAGAAAGAUGACGCUGAAUUCGAAAAGAAGCUUCCCAAAAAUGUCCAUCUCAGGAACUGGGUCCCCCAAGCUGCACUUUUAGCUGAUGGUAGAGUGAAAGUUUUUGUGACUCAUGGAGGAUUAGGAAGUACGAUGGAAGUCGCAUACUCUGGAAAACCUGCAUUAACGGUUCCAAUAUUCGGAGACCAACCAGACAAUGCAAUGAUGUUGGCAAGGCAUGGAGGUGCAAUUGCCUAUGACAAAUUUGAUUUACAAGAUGGAGAAAAAUUGACUAGAACUAUGAAAGACAUGGUUGAGAACCGAAAAUAUCAAGAAAAAGCCCAAGAGCUCCUGGAAAUUCUUUCAAACCAACCAAUUGAUCCAAAACUGAAUCUCAUGAAGCAUCUGGAGUUUGCUAUGCAGUUCCCAAACCUUCGAUCUCAAGUUCCCGCAAUCAAUCAUGUUGGAUUUGUUGCUCAUUAUUAUUUGGAUGCUAUUGCGUUUAUUGCUGUUUUUGGUAUGCUUUCUGUAUAUGGCUCGUACAGACUCAUUCGUAAAUUGCCGGUCCGGUUUCUAUCAAAAAAAGCUAAGGAUGAAUGA